AUAAUGUAAACAUAAUUUUGACAUCUUCCUCUCUACCUUUCCGCUAAAUUGCAUUUGAAGAUGCAAAUAAUUUCCCGUUGAGUUGGUGACACAGCUGAGGCAAUGAAUUGGCUAGAUCACUGCGCGUAGUAGAAUUAGCAAACAGACGCAUUUGUACACAAAGGCUGGCUAAAACUGUGAUUAAGAAUCCAAGAGGAUUGGAUAAGGAAGAUAACUAGGUGCUGCUGAGACUGCAUGGGAGAUACAAAAUGUCUGGUGCGCUUUGUUCAAGUAGAGCUCCUUCAGAUUAUUUUCAAGCCGAGAAAAUAGUGAUCUCCAGUAUUAACGGCGGAAGUUCCUGGCUUGAUGGUUUAAUUGGCAAUGAAUAGAAGGACAUUACCAAGCAAGUUGUUUGAGAAUUAGUAGCCAAAGCAUUGCAAAAGGGGACAGCAUAGAGUUUUGGCUGACCAAUAUUGAAAACAACUACUAAUACAAAAUACGGAUUUAAAUUUUGAAAACGAAUAAGUGAAAUUUGAGCUAGAGGUGAGGAAUCAUAUUCGAGGCUUAAUCGAAGAACAAGCCUUUAAUUGCUCCAAAGGGUAAAAUCUUCAUUUGAGUGGAUUUACCGGGAUAAAAGGCUAAGGAAGAAGUAUCGUCUUCAAGAAGAGAACACUAGAAAGGGUCAAGAAUUUUUAUUCACCCAUUUUACUACUAAACAGUGUAUGGAAGAUAAGCUUUGGAAGACUUGACUUGAGAGAACAGGAAACACUUUAAAUCACGUCCCAUUUGUGGGAAGAAAAGGACAGUAAAGUGGAAAGAGAGUAAAUUUAGACCUAAAUGCUCUAGUUUGCGGCUUUACAGAAUCAAGGUUUGCGAGAGAAGCAUUAUCCUGUUUUAGACGGCCAGGCAGAAAAAUCGAGACAAGGAUUUUCUAAAGACAAAUCUGAAAAGCUCGUUGCAAGAAGAGCUUUUUCAGUUGCACAACUUUUGAAGAAGAAUCGUGGCUUUCGCGUGAGCCACCUUAGAAGAAUAAGAGAUACAGCCUCGUUUUAUUCAAAUAGUGUAUAUAUAAACCAAAAAAUGGAGAGUCGCGGCGUGGCAGAAAUAGCAGUUCUAUCAGUGAUUCUUGUCAUAGUUAUCUUCAUCGGUAUCAUAGGGAACCUACUAAUCAUCCUAGCGAUCGCAAAAUUCGCAAGGCUUCGCCAAACCCUAUCGAACCUCCUACUCCUAAAUCUAUCAAUCUCGGACUUGAUCCAGUCUUCGGUCGUCAUGCCGUACCAUCUCCUAACGAUGCUGGAUGUAUCAAUGAUUAGCUCCAGUGGUCCGCUGUGUGUUGUCGGAGGUAUCAUAACGUAUCCUUUCACUGUGGUUUCCACCCUAACACUAGUCAUGUUGGGAGCGGAUCGUUACAUCGCGUUAAGUGAUCCGCUGCGUUACCGUGCGCGUGUUACGUUAAAAACGGUGCAUUGUAUGAUACUGUACACUUGGAUUCACGCGGUGAGCUUCACGAUAGCUCCGAUAUUUCUCGCGGAGAUGGGCUUUGACGAGUUGAGUUUGGACUGUGGGAUUAUCUGGGAAGAAAGUCCUUUAUGGUUCUCGGCGAUUUCAAUGCUACUGAACAUUGUUUGUCCAUUUGUUUUUCUAACAUUUAUGAGCUUUAAAGUUCUUCUGAUUGCGAGAUCACAGCAAAGACGAAUAAAGGCAGAAACUAUGAUUUAUUCUUAUGGGCGUAAACUAGCGAAAGGUCGAGAGCGUCGUGCUACGUCCGCCAUUUUGCUUGUCAUCUUUUUGUUCCUGUUGAGCUGGUUCCCAUUCCUCCUGACGCGCGUGCUUCGCGUGUUCGGGGUUAAUCUGUCUGAAAUCUACUACACGCUUUCUGUCUGGAUACUUCACUGCAAUGCCGUCAGUAAUAUUGCUAUCUACUGUCUGAGAAGAAAAGAGUUAAGACGAGCGUUCCUGGCCAUUAUAAGACGUACCAGGAUUAGUAACGCGCAGCUCUCAAUGCCUACAGAGUCCAGGAAAAGUUUGGCCAGGAAUAAUGAAGAGAAAAUGGUGCGACAGAACACGGUUGUGUCACUAGCUUACAAAGAGUGCAAGGAUCAAACAGAGUCCAAGAAAAUUCUGGCUAGGAAUAAUGAAGAGACAAUUGCGCGGCAGGACACGUCCAUGCCACUGGCUAACAAAGGAGAAAGGAUGAAAUAGAGUAACUCAGAGCUACUAACUCUUUUAUUGUCUAUUAUUAUUUGCGGUAAAUAAUAAAUGAUACAGAUGACAUUGUA